AUGUCCACACAGAGACUUCGGAAUGAGGACUAUGCUGACUACAGCUCCACUGAUGUGAGUCCAGAAGAGAGCCCAUCUGAAGGUCUGAACAACUUCUCUUCCUCGGGCUCCUACCAGCGAUUUGGGGAGAGCAGCAGAACAACAUGGUUCCAGACCUUGAUCCACCUGUUAAAAGGCAACAUUGGCACAGGACUCCUGGGACUGCCCCUGGCAGUGAAAAAUGCAGGCAUCUUGAUGGGUCCCCUCAGCCUGCUGGUGAUAGGCAUCGUGGCCGUGCACUGCAUGGGUAUCCUGGUGAAAUGUGCUCACCACUUCUGCCACAGACUAAACAAGCCUUUUGUGGACUAUGGGGAGACAGUGAUGUACGGACUGGAAUCCAGCCCUAUCUCCUGGCUCCGGAACCAUGCACACUGGGGAAGGCACACUGUGGACUUCUUCCUGAUUGUCACGCAGCUGGGAUUCUGCUGUGUCUAUUUUGUUUUUCUGGCUGACAACUUUAAACAGGUGAUAGAAGCAGCCAAUGGAACCACUAACAACUGCCACAACAAUGAGACGGUGAUUCUGACACCCACCAUGGACUCGAGACUCUACAUGCUCACCUUCCUUCCAUUCCUGGUGCUGCUGGUUUUCGUUAGGAACCUUCGAGUCCUGUCCAUCUUCUCCCUGUUGGCCAACAUCACCAUGCUGGUCAGCCUGUUCAUGAUCUACCAGUUCAUUGUUCAGGGGAUCCCAGACCCCAGGCGCCUCCCCUUGGUAGCACCCUGGAAGACCUACCCUCUGUUCUUUGGCACGGCCAUUUUUGCAUUUGAAGGCAUCGGGAUGGUUCUGCCUCUUGAAAACAAAAUGAAGGAUCCCCGGAAAUUUCCAGUCAUACUAUAUGUGGGAAUGGCCAUUGUCACUACCCUCUACAUCAGCCUGGGAUGUUUGGGGUACCUGCAAUUUGGAGCUGAUAUUCAAGGCAGCAUAACCCUCAACCUGCCCAACUGCUGGCUGUAUCAGUCGGUGAAGUUGCUCUACUCCAUUGGCAUCUUCUUCACCUAUGCCAUCCAGUUCUUCGUCCCAGCCGAGAUCAUCAUUCCCUUCUUCGUGUCCCGCGUGCCUGAGCAUUGGGAGCUGGUGGUGGACCUGUUGGUGCGCACCAUGCUGGUUUGCUUGACAUGCAUCUUGGCCAUCCUCAUCCCCCGCCUGGACCUGGUCAUCUCUCUAGUGGGCUCCGUGAGCAGCAGCGCCCUGGCCCUCAUCAUCCCACCCCUCCUGGAGAUCACCACCUACUACUCAGAGGGCCUGAGCCCCCUCACCAUCGCCAAGGACGCCCUGAUCAGCAUCCUGGGCUUCGUGGGCUUUGUGGUGGGGACAUAUGAGGCUCUCUACGAGCUGAUCCAGCCAAGCGCUGCUCCCAGUAUUAUCAACUCCACCAGUGCCUUUGCAUAG